GCGUCCACGUUCGCGAACGAGUCGGCGCUUCUCUCUCGUUCUUUUCUUCCCCGAUUAACACUUCUGCCUUGCUCGGUUUACACACAGCCUGUAACGUAUGCACGUGUGCGACUCUGGAACCGUUACCAGUCUUCUUUUAAUUUCUUUCUUCUUUUUUUUUUUUUUUUGUCGUCGCCAGUCCCGCCAGUGACGACGGUCGGCAGCCGCGAACCUUGAUCCAUGCCGAGGAAAAUCGAAGAACGAGCACUCGCCUGGACCGGUUCGAUCCUCCAGUUGCCACUCGGUCACGCUCUGACUCAGAUUCGCGUAAUUUUUCAACGAACGAGACCGACCGGUAUGAAGUCUCUCGUCGCAGUGGAUUUUCCGUGAUAUAUCAUUUGGGGAAUUUUUGGCAAAAUAUAUAUAUAUAUAUAUAUAUAUAUAUAUAUAUAUAUAUAUCAGACUAUAUUCUUGUGACGUUGCUGGAAAUAUUAUCGAAGCUGGAGAAUAAAUUCCUUUCGAGAGAAGAAGAAGCGUCUGAAGAGAGAGAUUGAAAACUCGAAGAAGUAGCAUGAAGGCUGUUUGCUGGUUUCUCGUGGUUCUCCUGGCUCGACAGGCUGUCGGCGGAAUCCUUAGGAAUCCACCAGCCUUCUCGAAGCCAGUUUACGCGGAUUCCUAUCUUCCGGCAGCCAUGCAGGUGAUAUUCCACGCGGUCGAGCAGCUGAAACUUCUGCAAUCGGAAGAGGACGCGCGGAGUUCCACCUCGACAACGAACACCUGGAGCUCGACUGCCUCUCAAGAGUCUUCGACCGCCAGUGCGAUUCAAUCAUCGUCAGACGAAUCAGAAGGCGAAGAGAACGAGUCGAACGACAAAACCGAGGAGCCGAUGGUCCAGGAAGCUUCCAAGAAUGAAACCGAGAUCGAGGAAGAUAGGCAAGUAGAAGAAGCAAAGGACCAAGAAGUCUCGAAAAUGGAGGAAUCUCACGUGCAAGAAAUACAGAAAGACGAGGCGGAGGAUCAAGAAGUCUCUAAAAUCGGGACGUCAGAAUCGAAAAUUCAGGGAACAGAGAAAACGAAAGCGUUUACGAGGGGCAAAACAGAGGGUCCCAAGACGGAGAGUGCAUCUAGCGACGAAACAGAGACGCUGAUAGCGGUGGAGACGUCAAAGCCAGAUAAAAUCGGCCAGGAAUCGAUGGUGGAUACCUGGACGAGGCAAGAGUCGCCAGAGGUGAACGAGGAAACGCCAGAAACGAACUACGCCACGCCGGAGACGAACUACGAGGUACCGGAGGAUGUGCACGCUGUGCAAGAAACGAAUCACGAAGUCCCUGAAGAGGAUCACGAGCGGAUCUCCUCGCUUCGUCCUGCUGACUCCGUGAACCUUGGAUCGAUCGUGGCGAACAGCGACAAGAAGAAAGAACCGACCAUCGAUAGCGUGGUCCAAGACGUGUACGAAAUUUUGAAGCCUACACCAUCGAAAUUCAUGGACGCGGAGCCUCUCGAGGAAUCGAAAAGCGCCGUGGCUGUUCCCGAAGAAAGAUUGGAGAGUAUGGAAGAGGAGGAGGAUGAAAAUAGAUUCACGCGUUUAGGCGAGAAGGUGACGCAAGUGCCAAGGCCGAGUCUGAACAGCUAUCUAAGACGGUCGAAGGUGCGACCGAGCGCGACCCUUCAGCAACUGGCGAACUUGUACGACUCGUUGAGCAAGGACGCGAGGAAACAGGGAUUCGGAAAGUACACAGGAUACUCGGACGAGGUUCUCAACACGCUGGAAACGUCCGCGGAGGGUGGCAUCGGGCCACAGCUGAAGAAGAUUCUGUCGAAGAUGUUGGAACAAAACGAGUUGACGAGAGACGAUGCGAGAAUGAGGACCUCGCAGGCUAUCCGAGACCUUGACAACCCUUCCAGCGUAUUGAACAAAGAUCUCAGACCUUUGUUACCUCUGCGUUAUUCACCGUAGUGAUAAUACUCUUGACAGGUGUGAUUAACAAAACUGAGGACUUUCGAGGCGUUUAUCGAGAAGCAGAGAUGAGCAAAAGGUAAUCUCGCUGAUGAUCAACAAUUGAAGAGUCCUCGUGGAAGGAACUGUAAGUGCCAAACAUCAAAUUUUCAGUCAUUACGUUGUAUUACAUACAUAUGUAACAUUCUUGAAAAUAAAAUAAUACAUCAAAGAAA